AUCAUAUCCUGUGGAGCGGCCUGGCACUAGUAAACUUGGGGCGGUGGAACGGAAGCCCGGUUACUUGUUGCCAUCUUUGCCCUGAAAGUGAGUGGAAAAGAUCGCAAAAUAAAGCUAAAUUUUCUCUCUACAAUGGAUUCGAAAGGGCACAAGAUUGUUGUGUGUGAUAAUGGAACUGGGGUACGUAUCUUGACCGAGUUUUGUGCCACGAUCUAGGCUGUAACUGCUUGAUUCCUUCAAUAUUUGGUUGUACAUUUUAGUUUGUGAAAUGUGGAUUUGCAGGAUCCAACUUUCCUGAACAUAUAUUCCCGUCGUUGGUUGGACGGCCUAUCAUUCGUUCGACGGCAAAAGUCGGCGAUAUAGAAGUGAAGGUAUUAAUGUUUUUAAUCACGGGUUAAUUCAUGUACUUUUAGCUCUUGUUAAAAUAAUUUAAACGAGUAAUUGCAUAACUUCUGCCUUAGUCUGGGUUAAUAUGAAUGCACUUCCUGUUACAGGACUUGAUGGUCGGAGACGAAGCCAGCCAGCUAAGGCAUAUGUUAGAAUGCAAUUACCCCAUGGAUAACGGAAUUGUAAGAAGCUGGGAUGAUAUGAAACACAUUUGGGAUUACACAUUUGGGCCUACAAAAUUAAAUCUUGAUACAAAAAAUUGCAAGGUAUAUUAUUAUAAAUAUUUCAUUAUUGUCCAAGUUUCUAUUAUGUACUUGUCAGAAUUGUUAAAUUUCCUGUGGUUUAUUGACAGGUUUUACUAACUGAACCACCCAUGAACCCGAUGAAAAACAGGGAAAAAAUGAUUGAGGUUUGUCUCGAAAUAAAUCAACAUAUGUAAAAUGAAAUUGUUGUUUGUUUUUGUGUAAAAUCCAACACAAUAUUUAAUUUCUUUGUGGUUCUUAUUAAAAGGUUAUGUUUGAAACUUAUGAGAUGGCUGGUGUUUACAUUGCUAUACAAGCUGUUCUAACAUUGUACGCUCAAGGUAUUGUACAUAGACAGAUUUUGCUCGGGGGGAGGGUUGCCAAAUAUUCAGGGGGAGUGAGCAAGAGGCUGUGUAGUGCCAUCGAGCAAAGCCCCCAGGACAUUCUUGGUCUUAUUUCAAAGUCCUUGUUUCAAUCAUACUACUGUUGUUUAAUCCAACAAGCAUUUAAAUUUAAAUACCUGUGGUUCCGGUUUCAUAUUGUGAAAAAAUUAGGGUCGGUAGGUCGGAAAUAAAUUUUUUUUUGAAUAUUUUUUUCAUGGUUUUGGCGUUUUUUUGUUGGGCGAUUUGCAGUAGAAUCCUGACAUCAAUAGUGUUGCAACAGACGCCAUUUUGGCAUGCUAUAUGAGCGGCCCGCAACCACCUGGAGAAAAUAGGGUCGCACAGUCAAUCGCGUUGAAAAAGUAAUAGGGUCAGCAGAAAAAAGGUAUUUCUUUUACGCCUUAUAUAAAAAACCCACAUACAGUUAUGAUUGAAGGAUUGGACAACAGAACUAGAAUCCCAUACUAAGUUCAUCCAACUAAAACACAACAUAUUACGGGCUACAAACUGGAUAACAUAAUACUGAUUUGACAGGCCUAAUUUACACAAUAUAAACAUGCAAGAAUAAAUACCACACUACUGUGAAAUUAUUUGUGAGGUUCAGAUUUGAUCACCACCACUAGUUGGAAAUCACUAACCACUCACAUGCAAACCAGGUCAGGGUUUGUGAGGGUAUGCACCCCCCCCCCUCAAAUAUUAUAUAUAUCAAAUCCCCAUUAGUUUACAGUAGUGUGAGGACUUUAAUCAACUCCACAGAGCCACCUGAAGCAUUUACAAAAAAGAAUGAAAGAAAUGCUCAAUUUUAAUUCCAUCAGCUCCGACUAUGGGUCCUUGACAGCUUAUAGUGGACCAUUCUAACAGAAUUCUUUGUUUUACUUAUUCCAGGUUUAUUGACUGGAGUGGUUAUUGACUCUGGUGAUGGUGUCACUCACAUUUGUCCAGUUUACGAAGGCUUUGCAUUACCACAUUUAACGAGAAGACUCGAUAUUGCCGGCCGUGAUAUCACCAAGUACUUGAUUAAAGUAAGGCCUUACAUUAAAUGAGGUGACAUAGUAACCAAGGUUAAUAUCAUAGGAACCACGCGCAGUCUGGGUACGACAUGUGUCCUUAGGUUAUCGGAUAUAGAGAGUGCCAAGCAGACUCACACGUCAUUAGCUAACUCAUAGCCAACUGCAAUAUUAAUAAGAAUAAUAUUAUAAUAUGUUGAUAAUGUAAUAUUAAUUACACUAAUUAAAAUACAGUUCUCAUCUUGCAUUCCUUCAAAAUUAAUAACAAAUCCAAUGAAAAAUACAUAUCUAUACAAUUAUAUUUUAUUUUGUAGCUGUUAUUGUUGAGAGGAUAUGCAUUCAACCACACGGCUGACUUCGAAACUGUUCGUAUGAUGAAGGAAAAAUUAUGUUAUGUCGGGUAAGAUUGCAAUUGUUUUAAACUCCUGUAAGUUAAGACAAGCAAAUGUUCUUGCAAGACUGUGUACUUAGACCCACAUGUAAUUUUGAUAAUGAAACUUUUUUUAUUUCCACAAUUUAGUUACAACAUUGAACAAGAACAGAAGCUUUCAACUGAAACAACAGUGCUUGUUGAGCAAUACACGGUUAGUAUUUUUAAAUACAUUAAUUUUACACCAUAUUUACAUUAUAUCAUCAGGGCUUGAAAUAACAGCUGAUCGCUGAUCAAUGAUUGGCAAGAAAUUGCUUAUGAGGCAAUAUGUGGGUUUCCCGACCCUACCUAGCUUUUGGAUGCCAAAAUCCCGAUGCCGAAAUCCCUAAACUUUAUUAUUGUUUCAUGCUUGUAAGUGUUUCCACUGAGAGGAAAAUGUUUGUGGAAAAUGGAUAUUUGAGGCAAUAUUAGGAAAUUUAUUUUUGGAUGUGGAAGCACUGACUAAACAAAAUGGCAUCUGGUUGUUAGGAAAAAACCGACCUACCCUACCUAAGUUUUUACAAGAAGAAAUAGGAAACCCACAUAUAUUUUUUUUGGCCUGAUUGGUGGAAAAGCAGAGUUCCAACCUGAAAAAGCAGGGAAAGUCAUGACUCUGCUGAUCACCAUGAUCAGGAACUUUGGGAAUUUUAUUUCAAGCCUUGUACCAUAGGCAGAUCUAUGGGUAUAGUGUUGGACUGCACACCCCCUCCUAUAUCUGUUGCCCCCCAAAGCACAAUUUGACAUUGGUCAAUGAUUACCAAGUUUUCCAUGGGUUCUGAAACUUUUCAUUAGUAGGUGCAGUAACUGAGGGUGUACUCCCCUGCAUUCUCCCCCUCCUCACACACAAAUAGUAAACACUGAUCAAUGAUGACCAAAAUUUCCAUCAUGUUUUGACUUUGGUUGCAGCCAGCCACAUUGACUAUCCAAAGGUGUAUCCCCCUAAUAUAGCUUGCGCCUCCCUCCUGUACCACAAAAGGACUAAUACUGGACAAAAAGUCAAUGUUAAAUGUAACUUUUGAUAGUAGCUUCAGUUGCUAGGCAAUGGUGCAAACCCACCCUUGCAGAAAAUCAUCACUCCCCCUCCCACAUAAGGCAGCAGUAACAUUGACCACAUUGGUCAAGAAGUCUCUAUGCUUUAUUAACUUUUGAUAACAGGUUUAAUGGUUAGGAAGAAUGGACUAUCUCCUCAACAAUUUUUACUUUCUCUGCCAGUUAGGUCUGGUGCACACAAUGUGAUUAUAGUCAGCUGGUUUUAUUUGAACAAGAUAAAAUUGUUUUGAUAUUGUCCAAUUUUUUACUGGCCGACCAAAAUUGCCAUAAAUGACACCGCACAUGCAAGGAUUUUAUUAAUUUUAAUCGGCCGACUAAAAUUGCAUUGUGUGCAACAGGCAUGGAGUCGAGCUGGCUAAGUCCUCUCCAAGACUCCUGGUUAUUUGACAAUUUCUGGUCUAAGAUUUUGGUUAAAACUGUCUUUUCAGUUACCAGAUGGUCGGGUAGUGAAAGUGAGUGGUGAAAGAUUCGAAGCGCCUGAAGCUCUCUUCCAACCACAUCUUAUCAAUGUAGAAGGUGUAGGCAUGGCAGAGUUGCUGUUCAACACAAUCCAGGCGGCUGAUAUUGAUACGAGAAUGGAUUUCUACAAACACAUUGUCCUGUCGGGAGGUUCGACCAUGUACCCUGGAUUGCCAAGUAGAUUAGAACGUGAAAUAAAACAACUGUACUUGGAACGAGUAUUGAAGGGAGAUGGAUCCAAAUUAGCUGUAAGUAUUGGACAAUGUUGUCCAAUUUACAUUCUCUAUUUUUGAUAACCAGCGCUGGAUGACAUGAAGAAAAGUGGCAUUUGCAGAUUGAAGCAUUCCGAUCACUGGAUCAUGACUGGAUGACAUGGAGAACAGUGAGAUUUUCAAAACAAUGAAAAGACAAUGAAUGGAACAUUCCGAUCACUGGAUCAUGACUGGAUGGCAUGGAGAACAGUGGGAUUUUAAAAACAAUGAAAAGACAAUGGGACAUUCCGAUCACUAGGACGAGACUGGAUGACAUGGAGAACAAUGAGAUGAUGCGAAUAGGAGAUUAGGAAGAAGAAAAUAUAGGAGAAGUAAACCAUACAGGGCAACUUGAUACAAUUAAUCUUUUCUUUUUCAGAAAUUCAAGAUCCGUAUUGAAGAUCCUCCCCGACGAAAGCACAUGGUGUUCCUUGGCGGUGCCGUGCUUGCCGACAUUAUGAAGGACAAGGAUAACUUCUGGAUAACGAAACAAGAAUACCAGGAGAAGGGCACGAAAUGCUUGGAGAAACUAGGAGUCAGUGUCUAGAAUAGUUCAGAAACAAAGACAAAUUCAUGAAAGAUAUUUGCAUGGGUGUAAUAAACCCUAAAUUUUUCUACUCGUAUAAAUGAUUCAGGCUAAUAAGUUACGGCUAUUCUUAUUCGAAAUAAUCACUACACAAUAAUUUCACCGAGAUGGUUAAAACCAUUUUCUUUAUAAAGUUUAAGUGUUGUAGAAAUAUUCUAUAAAAGAAUUUGAAUUGGUGUACUGCUUAGUUCAAUCACGUUAAGAGUUUAGUACCUGGAAGACUUGAACAUGUACUUUUAAAUUUUCAUAAGUUGGAAAAUGCGUGUGGUACAUUUCUUCUUUGUACUUGUGUGUAGACUGUAAUUUUAUGAUCACAUUUUUCCCAAAACCUCUUUGCAAUUUCGAUACAAAGAACAUUUUUCAUAAAAAAGCUUGCAAAAGUCUCCGCGUACAAGAUACUUUGAGUUGAAGAUGACAGCGUGCUUUGAACCAGGUUUGCACACGAAGUACUUCUGCAUAAUUCGGCCUGAAACGUUCUUUAAAUUGUAUUGUAGUUCACGACGCCUGCUCUGGAAUGUUCCAUUUAUUAAGGCCCAUUUCCACUCGGGAAAAUUUUCCGCGGAAAGAAAAUUUUGCAAAUUUUGAUUGGCCGACACAAAUUUUCCGUUGGAAAAAAAUUUAAGUUGAAAAUUUCCAACUUUUAACAAUGAUAUUUUCGGAAAUUUUUCUGUCCGUGAAAAUUUUUCUUGAGUGGAAAUAGGCCUUUACGCUGCAUUCUGUAAACUUGUUUCGUGCAGUUAUUCAUGAGAAUCUAAUAUGUAAAUUGAAUUUUAUAAAGAAUUUUGAAUAAAUUUCGUGUUUGUUCUAUAGUUUCGUGUUCUAUAGUUGGAGAUAUUAUCUCUG